AUGUCUCGCCUCAGACUGCUCGGACCUCAGGGGCGUGCACUGCUCGUGAACAGAGGUUGCAGGAAGUCGCAGAUCGACGGUGCCGGACACACCGUCGGGAAGAAAGUCUCAGGCUGGCGUGGAGUUGUUGAACGGAAUCGCCGACUGAGAAGGAUCGACGGUACCUUACGGCUCGAUGACCGAGAUGGUGCCACACGCGCAAACGGCGAUUGGGAUGCGCCGACAGGGUGGGUUCUAUCGAACGAAGGGCUGGGAUUAAAUAGCGAUUGGGAAGUCUGGUGUUUGGGCAAUGGAGCUCUGCGCGAUCUGGGGAAUUAUCACUAUCUGGCUGAGAGGGGGAGACGUGCGAUUUGGAGAGGGUGA